AAGCGAUCAAUAUCUGUGCUGUGAUAAUCCCACUCCUUGGUAGAUGUUAAUUCCUUGCAGAUUUAGCUCAGGAUUAACUGGCGCCUCAGCCCUCCCCUUAUUGGGACGGUCAUAUCUGUGGCCAUCCCAAACACUGGAGGAGUGGGAAGAAGACAGGUGGUGAGUUGUAUGCCUUAUCUGUGGCUCUUGCAUCACUUAGAGCUGUACUGUUUGGAGUCCUGAAGAUUCGGUCGAGCAGACUUUGACAUCUGAUAGGUUCGUGAGGUGGAUUCAGACUGAUUGUGGUGAGGUUUUAGUUAAUGGUGAUCUACUAAUCUGACAUUAUUUUUACUUGUUUUGAAAGUUAAUUAUCCUUAUAUUAUCCAUAUAAUACCUUAUUUGUGUUAGAUCCAUAAUGCCUUACGAAUAAAAAUUUAUUACUAGCCAGAAUUUUCAAAGAUGACACUUUCUCUUGGUGUUUGGUUCCUCUUAUAGAAUCUGUUGAUAGAAGAAUGUGUGUAAGCAAUCACUGUGAAAAGUAUUUUACUGUACAGCUUGUUUUAUAUAAACAGUUCUGAUUCUGAGUUUAUAAAUAGAAUAAUUUACUCUGUCUUUAAUAGCCACCUGCUGAACAUUCUUGGAGUUUUUAUACCGCUAAGAUCACUUUUGUGUGAGUGAGUGUUGUGCGUUAGAAAUGAUAUACAAGACGUGGUUGAUUAGGUUACUUGGUAUGCUGUUGUGUCUUCCUGGUGAUCUGUAAUGUGUGUGUGUGUGUGUGUGUGUGUGUGUGUGUGUGUGUGUGUGUGUGUGUGUGUGUGAAAGAGAGAGAGAACAACAACUGCAGUGUAGUUGGGAUUCCUCGUGUGUUCCCUUCCAGUCUGCUCUCCUGGAAAUGUUUGGUACAGUUUUUGUCCACCUGAGUGCUUUCACUGGUGACUAGUGCUGUGGCCUUCUGUUUGGUCUCUCUGAUGGUUUGUAACACACUUGCUUGGCCUACACAGACCCUCCUGCAGGGUUUUGGCUCUCUUCCCAACUCACUUCCAGGUUGCUUUUAAAUGUGAGCCAGACUGCAUGUAUGUACACUAUUCAGAUAGGUCUGUGAGGAGUUGUACAUGUCAGCUGUGACCUGGGCACAAGCUCAUGAAGAGACACUGGCUUCUUUCAUCAGCCGCUUCUACUUGUAUUUGUGCUCAGCUCACACAAUAUGUCUCUUGUUGUUUAUGUUGCGGUACUACUUUCACUCUGAACUCAAUUGAUCAGUCAUUGUUUUCAUGCUCAUCUCUAUUUUUGACUUUUGUCUUUCAGUGCGCACCACGUGCACUACCCCCCAUGCCAAGUGAAGACACAGGAGAAGAAAUGCCGAUCACCAAAGCCAGGAGGAAGAAGUCAAAAAAGGAGGCAAAUGAAGUUGAAGAUUCAGAGGAAGCGGGGAUGGAACUGGAGGGGAUGACCAACCGCAAGGACUCAGACGCUCGAGAGCCCAUGACCCCAGAACCCCAGGAAAUGGCACCACAAAGAAGGAAGAAGAAGAAGAAGACACAAACAUCAGAUGAAGACAAAACCGAUCUGGCGAAUGGGGAUGGUGUGGACAACCAUACAGAUGGAGAGGAAGUAACUCGCAAACCCAGGAAGAAGAAGAAGUCCAAAAUCACAGAGAUGCAGUACACAAAUGAGCUGGAAGUGGAGGACGAUGACAUUGUCACAGAUAUGCAGGCACCCCUCCCCCAGGCAUCUCUGUUCUCUGCCCCACGGGGCCACAGCCAACCAGUUGGCAAAGUGUUUGUGGAGAGGAGCCGGCGGUUCCAUGCAGCAGACCGUUUCGACUUGGCCACAUCCAGCGGCCAAGUGGAGGACUACAUGGAGGUGAGGCCUGUGUGGACCACCCGGGACGUAGCCAUGAAGGUGCACAGUGGAUUCAGGAUGAUCGGACUCUACUCUCAUGGGUUCUUGGCGGGAUAUGCCAUCUGGAACAUCGUGGUGGUGUAUGUGCUGGCUGGUGAGCAACUCUCCACCCUGCCCAACCUGCUGCAGCAGUACCACACGCUGGCCUACCCAUCCCAGUCACUGCUCUACCUGCUGCUGGCCAUCAGCAUCAUCUCUGCCUUUGACAGGGUGAAUCUGGCCAAGGCAUCUGUGGCCCUGAGAGGGUUCCUCACGCUGGAUCCUGCAGCACUUGCCUCCUUUUUGUACUUUGCUGCUCUGAUCCUUUCACUCAGCCAGCAGAUGGCCAGUGACCGCAUCAACCUGUACCCCACAGCUAACGAGACCUUGUGGCCCCCUGGCUCUGAGCACCAGAUCCUGCAGCCCUGGAUUGUAGUGAACCUGGUGGUGGCACUGCUCGUUGGGUUGGCCUGGAUAUUUGUUUCCACGCGUCAUGACAUUGACUUCACUGAGGAGUUCCUCAUGGCCAUGGAUGUUUACGCGUACCCGCGACAAGAAGAGAAGCCAGAAACCACAACUUGAAGGAGAUUCCUGUCCUUCAGGGUCACAUUCAUUAGUUUCCUGACUGACAGUUGAACUGACAGUGUUUUUUAUUGUUUGUAACAAAUCUAUUUUUGUAACUGUGUUACAUGUACAUAGGCAUUUUAUUGCAUGAUGUGCAAUUCUUUUUUAAAUACAGUAUCAUCCUUUUUUAAUUCCACAAAUGUUUCUUGCACAUAUUGGGGUGCUUUACUGAACAUGGAUUCUUGGUACAUAAUGUAUUUUUUAAAAAUCUUACAACCAAAUUUGAUGAAAAUUUAACUCCUAGUAACUGUAUAAACUCUGCGAAGCAGCGUCUGUUUUUCAGUGCAAUCUGGGAGUAACUGAGAACAGUGCUUGUCUAAUACGAAAUUCACUUUGUAUAAGAUUUCAGUAUAUGCACCCAUAUUAAAACACACACACACACACACACACGCACAGUCUGAAACCACUUGUCCCAAGCGGG